AGGCGCGGGAGCGGCUCCCGGCGAGUCCCGACGGCGGCGGCGGCGACUGAGGGGCCGGGGCGUGGAGCAGUGGUGUGGUGGCGGCGGGCGGCAACGGAGCAGCCAUGAGGGCCGGGCCCAGCCACCGACAGCGUGCUCCAUCACGUCCGGCUUGCUGAGGGUCUAAAUUGCUGAGUGUGGCCUUGAAUUUACAAUCCUCCUGCCUCAGCCUACCAAGUCAUUGGAAUUACAGUGUGAGCCACUGCCCUAUGUUGUGUUGAUGCUGGUCUGCCAUGCUAGCCUGUUUACCAGGGCCAGGUGACCUGUCCUUUCAGCUUCUUUCUCACACGCAGAUGAACACUGGACUUCAGAAAUGGGACACUACACAGAAAAUGAGAACUGCUCACUAUCCCACCCCAGCCGAAUUGGAUGCGUAUGCUAAGAAGGUCGCAAACAACCCACUGACUAUAAAAAUCUUCCCCAACAGUGUGAAGGUUCCCCAGCGGAAACACGUUCGUCGUACUGUGAACGGCCUCGACACAUCAGCCCAGCGCUACAGCCCCUACCCGACUCAGGCUGCCACCAAGGCAGGCCUGCUUGCCAUUGUCAAAGUGCCAGCCAAAAGCAUACUCAAGGACUUUGACGGCACCCGAGCCCGGUUACUCCCUGAGGCCAUCAUGAACCCCCCAGUGGCACCCUAUGCUACUGUGGCACCAAGCACUUUAGCCCAUCCCCAGGCCCAGGCUCUGGCCCGCCAGCAGGCCCUGCAGCAUGCACAGACCCUGGCCCAUGCCCCUUCCCAGACGCUGCAGCACCCUCAGGGUAUUCCGCCACCACAGGCGCUGUCUCACCCUCAGAGCCUCCAGCAGCCUCAGGGCCUGGGCCACCCUCAACCCAUGGCCCAAACCCAGGGCUUGGUCCACCCUCAGGCCCUGGCUCACCAGGGUCUCCAGCACCCCUCCAAUCCCUUGCUGCAUGGAGGCCGGAAGAUGCCAGACUCAGAUGCCCCCCCGAAUGUGACCGUGUCUACCUCAACUAUCCCCCUUUCAAUGGCGGCCACCCUGCAGCACAGCCAGCCCCCGGACCUGAGCAGCAUCGUGCACCAGAUCAACCAGUUUUGCCAGACGAGGGCAGGCAUCAGCACUACCUCAGUGUGUGAGGGCCAGAUCGCCAACCCCAGCCCCAUUAGUCGCAGUCUGCUCAUCAAUGCAAGCACUCGGGUAUCAACCCACAGCGUCCCCACACCAAUGCCUUCAUGUGUGGUCAAUCCCAUGGAGCACACCCAUGCGGCUCCAGCCGCAUUGCCUGCCACAGGUCCUGUCAACUUGCCCACAGGCAUCUCUCGAGCCCCCACUGGCUACCCUAGCGACCUCAAGCCAGUUUCCUGGAACCAGCACCAGCUGGCCCACCUACAGCAGAUGUGCAGCGAGGCUGGUGGGACACCAGCCCCUGGCCUGACAGGCAAGCAUGCAGCAGGACGAGAGUUGGCAGGGCCUGGCUUUGUGGGUAAGGCCCCUGCCUACCCGCAGGAACUUUGCCUGGCACAGUCAUUCCAUCUGAAGCCACCCCUGGAGAAACCAACCCCAUCCCCACCAGUCAACGGUCUGGCAGCCCCACUGGCUUACCCCAAUGGUCACUACUUCCAACCCCUGUGGAACAACAUUCUGCCCACUCCCAAUAGCGACAGCUCGGGGUCUCAGGACCUUGCCAUGCCGUUCCACGGUGGGCAGCCUGCAGGUGCACCCCUCGACUGUGCGGCAGCUCCUGGGGCCCACUACCGAGCAGGGACUGGGGGCGGUCCAGUGGCAAGCCAGAACAGCUUGAUGCAAACAGUGGAUUACCUGAGUGGGGAUUUCCAACAGGCCUGCUUCCGAGAACAGAGCCUGGCCAUGCUGAGCAAGGCCCACCGAGCCCCUGGCAGCCGAGCCCCUGAUCCCACAGAUAGUCGAAGUCUUCAUAUUCAGCACCCGGGAUAUAGAUAGGGAGCCAUGGUGCCCUCCUUAAGCAACACAUCAUACAUUGCCCUUCUAGGUUUAGUCUUACUUUUAAGUAAUUGGAUAGUUUUAAAGUUUCAUUGCUCCAAUGUGAUCAUUCUUAGACAUCUAAGGAAGGGAACUUGACAGGAUCUAAUUAGAAGAAGGGGUCCUCUUAUGCCCCUUUGAGCAACUUUCAUUUUCAUGUUAACAACGUAUCCCUAGCCCCCAGGAUUUAUCAUCUCCACCCCCUGCCUAUCAGUCUGUCUUCGCCUUGGCCAUUUCCCACCAACCUCCUACCAUCUUUUCCUGAAUCUCUGCUUGUUUCCCCUUGGGACUGAGGUGUGACUAAGGGAAGGGGCCUUAGGCCCCUAAGCUAGGCCUUUCUCUCUCUUUAGGACUAAUAAGUCAGACUUUGCAAGUGCUCUGGAAGCUCAAUCCUUACUCACCCAAAGAUCUCAAAUCAAAAGUGACCCGGUAUUCAUCUCCUCCCCACUGCUUACUCUUACUCAAGGCUUUGUUUUGUGUUUAAAUUGCUUCCUGUAACCGCUGCACUUGUCUCUGUCUUUGCCACACUGGACUCAAGGCCAUCCUGAAGGUAUUCGGCCAUAGUCUUGCUACAUGGAGAAAAAUCUUUGUAUUGACAUAUUUUUUCCUGACUUUGCUUCCAGACCUGUAGAAAUUCAGUGGCCAUCUGGCAUACACAAGAUCCCCUUGUCACUGUUGCCUCUCUCCUAACUUAACUGUGUCCUUAUUUCCUACCUUCUCUCCCCACCUCAGAAAAGCAAAACAAAAAACUACCUUACUUGAGGAAUUAGGUAGGUAAGGGAUGAUCACAUUGGAGUUUGAAAUUAAAAACACCAAAAAAAAAAAAAAGAAAAAAAAAAAAAGAAAAAAAACUUAAAAUGCAUUUGGUUCUCUCUACACUGGCUAAGAAUAUUGUUCUACACUGUAAGUUUUAAAUGUCAUGUUUCUGUAUGAAUGUAGUGUGGGUUUGAGUAGCAUUGUGUAUGAGUGGCCCCACAGGUACAUUCAUCCUCCUAAUCACCUCCUUUGCAGCCCCUCAGUUUAAUGAAGAAAGGAGAGAAAAGAAAAAACAAACAAACAAACACAAAGCCUUAAGCUCUUUUAAUUCUUCCUUAACCAAAUGAGCAUGGUUCUAACCACUGUAGAUGGGCUUAUAUUAGAAACAGUCCCUCCUACCACAGUCCAUUCUCAGAGCACCCCAUGCUCAACACAUCUCAUUCCCAAGUGACAAUUAGUGGCUAGAAACUUAACGCUUUUCUGUAACUUUAAACUUAGAUUGUUUUGUUGUUAAUUUUUGCACCCGUCUUCUGUUAAAGAUGCACAGUGGGCUUUAAAAACAACAACAACAACAAAAAAUACAAAACAAGCCCUUACCUUUUCUCCUGUCUCUGGGGAAUGUGAGCUGAUAUUUAAGAUUUUGGGUUCUUUUUACUAUCCACUGUUCCUUAGCCAGAAAUUCUCUAGUGAUCUGAAGCAAUGUGACUAAAGACCAGUUUCUAAAUUAUGUGUUGGCAAGUUGCCUUAUAUUUAAAAAGAAAAAAAAAAAAAAAAAAAAGGAAAAAACUGCCUGAUUGUGUUAUGCCAAAU